AUGCGCGCCGCCCUCCUGGCAUUAUGGACAUUCGGCCGGAUAGAGACAGAUGCUCAGGGAGUCAAGAAGGACUGGGUGAGUGAUAACCUUCAGGAAGGCUAUGGCGAUAGACAGCCGAGUCGCGCUAGUAUCUCGACUGAUGUCAAGUGUGUCCCACACGACCUCAAAUCCCCUGUUUGCUUCGUCGACGAGAUCCCUACCAAUCAGCUGCUGAAUCUCGCGAUCCUCACCGUCCAGGAUCUCGAAAGCGCCGACCGUACUGUGAUGCCCAACCCACUCUUCCCCAAUCUCCCCAUUCCCCUUGUUCUUGUGUUGCUCAACUCUAGCCGUUGGGCUCAAGUCAAGGCAGUCGGCCGGCACCACGCCAGUGACAUUGGUGUUCUCUUUUGUGUUUGUCUCCGUUCGCAACACACACAGCAUUGGGUCUGGAGAACAACGCGAACUUUGCCAGGGCCCGAGGAAGCGCAAGACAACACACGCACGACUUGA